AUGGAACCAUUUCAGCAUUUUAGACACAUUCAAAGAUUUAGAAAGAGAUUGGGCAUGAGAUAUGCACAUCACAACUGCAAUGGUAAAAUUUGGUUCUUUAUAAAUGAUAACAUAGAUGUAGAGGUGAUUCAGGAUACAGAUCAACAUAUCACAGUUAAGUUAAGUUUUCAGGAGGAUAAUAAGAUUCUUAUGACUACUAUGAUCUAUACAAAGUGUGAAGCAUUGGAAAGAAUUAAUUGGGAUAACUUGUAUAAUCUGGCUGAUCAAAUGGAAGUGCCCUGGCUUAUGGGAGGGGAUUUCAAUGUCAUUAUGAAUGAAGAUGAGAAAAUAGGGGGUCUGCCAGUUUAUCCAGAUGAGUAUGAAGAUUUUGCAUUCUGUGUGAAUUCAUGUGAACUCUUUAAAGUGGCUUUUAAAGGGAGCUUAUUCACAUGGUGGAAUGGUAGAGCUGGUAGGGAUUGUAUUUUUAAAAGGUUGUAUAGAAUGCUCACUAAUUCAAAACUACAGGAUUGGUUUGGUCACAUGGAAGUUGAACAUUUAUCUAGAACUGGUUCUGAUCAUGCUCCUCUUCUACUUACCUGUGGAGAUUCAUCUCAACAUGUAAGGAAACCUUUCAGAUUUUUGAAGUUUUGGAUAGAACAUGAGUCCUUUUUAGAGGUGGUGAAUCAAGGGUGGAUCGUCGAUUUUGAAGCGAGAUGUAGCUCAUUACUUUUAAAUCGAAGCUUAAAAAAGGUUAAGUCUGUUCUAUCCGAAUGGAGUAAAGCUACUUACGGGGAUAUUUUCAAGCAGCUGGUAGUAAGGGAAGAUAUUGUGAGAGUUAAAGAACAGCUUUUUGAAGAUGAUCCUUCUCCUAAAGUAGGAUGGAAUAUAAGGUUUUUCCACAAUAUGGUAAAUGGUAGGAGGAAGAGAUUGCAGGUCAAAAGGAUGAAAAAGCAAGAUGGAAGUUGGAUUGAGGGGGAAAAUGCUCUAGCUGAGAAAGCAACUCAAUUUUAUCAUCAUCGGUUUACACGGGGAGGAUAUCUCUUUAGAUUUUUCAUUCCGCAACAUGUUCCUAAUAUGGUUACUCAGAGAAUAAUCGGAUACUACAAAGAUGCCAACUCUAGAGAUGUUAAGAAGCGCAGCUUUUUGAUGCUCGUCGGAGAUAGUUCAGGUGGUCUAGAUGAUAUGAGGCCCAUAAGUCUAAGUAAUUUUAUUAACAAAGUGAUCUUUAGAGUGGUGCAGAAUAAGCUUGAAAAUGUUUUGCCUUCUUUGAUAUCUGCUGAUCAGUCUGGUUUUGUAGAGGGAAGAUGUAUCAUUGAGAAUGUCUCGUUAACUCAAGAGGUGGUAUCGUAUAUAAGACUUAGGAAACCAACUAAUGUGGUGCUUAAAUUGGAUAUGGCUAAGGCCUAUGAUAGAGUGUCCUGGGAUUUUUUAGUAAGAGUUCUGAGGAAGAUGGGAUUUGCAGAAGUGGAGUUGGCUUUAGAUCCUUAUUUGAUGUCUCUAAAGCAUUAUGUGCUAAACUCUGGUGGAAAUUUAGAACUACAAAUACUCUAUGGUCAAAUUAUAUGUGGAAUAAGUAUUGUAAAAGGCACUACCCUCAGUAUGUGCCUUGGAAAUGAGGCUCUCAGGUCUGGAAGAUGA